AUGGUGGGGGGGGCUGCAACUGCUGUUGGUGUUGGUGCUGCUACUGUGGGUGAUGCCGCUGCUGCUUGUGCUGCUGAUGGCGGAGCUGGUGCUGGGACUGCUCCUGCUCGUGAUGUGGUGGUGGGGCUGCAACUGCUGGGCAUCCUUAUCUAUCUUCGACAUUAUCUAUCUAUCUAUUUUAUAUUUAUAUCAGUGAAUUAUUUAUCUGCCUGUCUAUCUAUCUAUCUAUCUCGAUCUGCUCAUCUCUCUCUCUCUCUCUCUCUCUCUCUCUCUCUCUCUCUAUAUAUAUAUAUAUAUAUAUAUAUAUAUAUAUAUAUAUAUAUAUAUAUAUAUAUAUAUUCUAUUCCUUUAUCAUCUAUCUAUCUAUCUAUCUAUCUCGGUCUGUUCAUAUUCAUCUAUCUAUUCAUCUAUCUAUCUAUCUAUCUAUCUAUCUAUCUCGGUCUGUUCAUAUCUAUCUAUCUAUCUAUCUAUCUAUCUAUCUAUCGCGUCUGUUUGCAUGUCUGUCUGUCUGUCUGUCAUUCAUCUAUCUAUCUAUCUAUCUAUCUAUCUAUCUGUUGA